ACUGAGAUGGUGCUGCUCCUGGCCAUGGCCUUUGACCGAUAUGUUGCUAUAUGUAAGCCUCUCCACUACCUGACUGUCAUGAGUCCACGAAUGUGCAUUUUAAUUUUAGUCACUUCCUGGGUAAUUGGCCUCAUACACUCAGUAACUCAGUUGGCUUUUAUUGUAGACUUGCCUUUCUGUGGCCCUAAUGAAUUAGACAGUUUUUUUUGUGACCUUCCUCAAUUUAUAAAACUAGCGUGCAUAGAGACAUACACACUGGAAUUCAUGGUUACUGCCAAUAGUGGACUUAUUUCUGUGGCCUCCUUUUUAAUUCUGAUCAUCUCAUACAUCUUCAUUUUGGUGACUGUUCAGAAGAAUUCUUCAGGUGGCAUAUUCAAGGCCCUCUCUACUCUGUCAGCUCAUGUCGCUGUGGUGGUUUUGUUCUUUGGGCCCUUAAUUUUUUUCUAUAUGUGGCCUUUUCCUAUGUCACAUCUGGAUAAAUUCCUUGCCAUAUUUGAUGUAGUUAUCACUCCUUUUCUAAAUCCAGUCAUCUAUACUUUUAGGAAUAAAGAGAUGAAAGUGGCAAUGAGAAGAUUGUGUACUCAGUUUGUGAAUUACAAUAAAAUCUCUUGA